CCAUAUUCUUUCCUUCCUCUGACCUCUUUCCUCAUCCAAAACCAAAACCCCCCAUUCUUUUCUCUCUCUCUCUCUCUCUCUCUCUCUCUUACACCUAAAAAUGAGAUUCCUCAGAAGCCUCAACACUUCAUCCUUAUCCACUUCUUCGCCGCCGGGAACAGACGAAACCGAAACCGUUGACUCCGACUUCGUUGUCAUCCUCGCCGCCCUCCUCUGCGCAUUAAUAUGUGUUCUCGGCCUCGUCGCCGUCGCAAGAUGCGCCUGGCUCCGCCGCUUCGCUAGUGGCGGUGCUUCAGCUCCGGCGAACAAAGGUUUAAAAAAGAAGGUCCUUAAGGCGCUCCCUAAGGUACCUUAUUCCGCCGACCAACACGCCGGUAAACUCUCCGACGAUUGUGCUAUCUGCUUGUCGGACUUCGCCGCCGGCGAAGAGAUCCGUAUCCUUCCUCAGUGUGGCCACGGAUUCCACGUCUCCUGUAUUGACACGUGGCUUGGAUCUCACUCUUCUUGUCCUUCCUGCCGUCAGAUCCUCGCUGUUCGAUGCCAGAAAUGCGGUGGUGGAUUGCCGGAAAAUUCCGCUGGAGCUCCGACUUCUACCGAUAAUAAUCACAAUCACAAUCACAAUCAUAAUGUCACUUUCUUACCUUAGCAUUUCUCUUUCUUUUUUUUAAAUUUUUUUGGGGGUUAGGUUUUUAGCUUAAAAAUUUGCCCCUUCUCUCUCUCUACCUCUCUGGUUAAUGGAGUACAUAUUUGUGCUGAAUUUGUUGAAUUAGUGUAGUAUAUAGAUAGAAUUUAUAUGUAAUGAAAUGAAGUUAUGUAGAUUAUGCGUUA